CUUGGAUUCUCAAUCUCCCCUGUUUGUGAUUUUUUAUUGAAUUGAGUUGGAAAUCAGAAUUGGAAAAGUAGAAUUAUUUCCCUUACAAUGGUUUUUCCUCUUCCUUAGUUUUUUAACCAAAAGUGUUAACUUAAACAUUUUUCAGUUUUUUUAAUGUGAAGAUGAACAAAAUACUGAUUCUGUUUGGAGUAGGAGUUCUAUUUUUGAGUGAAUCUCAUGGUGAAAACUCCACAAAAUCUCAAUUUAACUCUUCCAAGGAUUUAGAUUGGAGGUGCGAGGAAUUAGACUUUUGUGACGACAAAUCAGGAUUUGAAGCCAUUAAAUGGCUCCAUAAUCAGUUAGAUGACGAUGCCAAUGGUAAUGUCGACAUAACCGAGAGUGAUGAAUUUCUCAGAGAUGAGCUUCAUUAUGAAAAUGCAAAUGAUCGUCAUCGUAAUUUUCAUGGAAAUGAUAAACACAUUUCCGUAGAUGAGCUGUGGAAAUCAUGGAAGAUUUCAGAGGUCCAUAAUUGGACUGUUGAUGAAACCUUAGACUGGUUGAGUACAUCAUUGGAGUUGCCCCAAUAUGUGGAUAUAUUUUUAAACAAUAAAGUUGAUGGUACUACACUUCCUAGACUAACAAAUCAUCAGUUCAUCAGUGCUUUAGGGAUUAAAGAUCCAAUUCAUCGGCAAAAAAUUUCGUUAAAAGCUAUGGAUGUCGUUCUUUUUGGCCCUCCUAAGAUGCACAAUUAUUUGAAAGAUAUUAUUCUCGUGAUAAGUUGUAUAAUAGCCAUCGGCGGUCUUUGGCAUGCUGUGAUUACCAAUCGAUAUUCUCGUAAGCAUUUGCAAAAAAUGUUGAAAGACAUGGACUCGUUGCAGAAAGCUGAAGAGCAAUUACAAGAGCUUCAGAAAAAAUUGGAUGAAGCCAAAGAAGAACAACGAAUCGUCACCAUGGAAAAAGCUCAUCUACAAGAAAUUCUUAAUAGUGAUAAUCGAAGUAAUCUUCUACCAUUGAGAGAAGGAUCUUUAACCAAUUUAGGUGACAUAAGCCGUGCUCAGGAAUUAUCUGAAGAGUUAAGAAAGACUAAAGAACAAUUAGCCAGAGCAGAGACAGCAUUAAAAACUAAGUCAUGGGCUCCACCUCAUAAACUUCAAUUGUGGCUACAAUAUACUCAUGAACUUGAACUCCGUCAUUACAAUGUCAAGAGACAAACAGCUGAAAGUCAAUUACAAGCAGCUAGAGAAGGUUGUGAGAAACUGAAAAAGAAGCGAUCAAGCUUUUUAGGAUCUUUCAAAGUUGCUCAUGGAUCUUCAAUAGAUGAUGUCGAUAACCGAAUUCAUGUGGCUAAAGCAGCACUAGAGGAAGUGACCAGAGAUCUUAGAGAACGUCUUCACAGAUGGCAACAAAUUGAAGAGUUAUGUGGCUUUCCUAUCGUCGAUAAUCGUGGUCUCCUUUACAUUCAGGCUGAAUUAUAUUCCUGUUACCCAAGUCCAACCAGCCCAACAGAAGGGCCCAGUUUAACCCGAAACAAUAGUGACAAUGCUAUGCAAGAGACUGAAAAUGAUUAUGAAUUAACUAAAAGUUCACAAUUAAAUCGGAGAAGCUUUAAAGCAGAUGUCGCAUCUUCGACCUCAUUAUCGAGCCAAGUAACAACCUUAUUGCACCAACGAAAUCAAACAGCAAAUGGUUCAGCUCAAGUAAACGGAGAUGAAGCUCAUUCAUCUGGUGAUAGCAAUAAUGGUGAAGAUGAGGAAUCGAGACAAAUCUCCAGACCGUGUUUCGUUCUUGGUGAUUGCCCAACUAUUCCUGAAAAUAGUCAAUAUAUGGAGCUAUCAAGAGGACGAACUGGACUCGGUGGAGAAAGAAAGAGAAAGGAAAGUGUUUAUACCGGCAAUCAUGAUAAUCCAUUAAUGACAUCAUCAGCCAGCAAUGGGCAAAUGAUUGGUUUAUUUUUAAAGCACCGUAACUUCACCAGUUUCAGCAAUGAAGAUGAUUGCCUGGCUAAUGGUGAUUACAGUUGUAAAAUGUUAACACAAACCUCUGAUGUUAAUGUUGCGGCAUCGCCUACAGUUAACCAAAGAUGCACCGAUCAAGCCGGACUAUCAAGUCAAAGUGAUCACUCAUCUAGUACUAAUAAUUUGGAGGAAAAGGGUUACUCUUCAGGAAGUGAAACUCCAUUAAAAAAGAAGGGAUCCAGCAAAGGAAUUAAAUUUUUCAGCAAACUCAGGAAACGAAAAUCUUUACCAGAACGAGAGUUUACAUCUUUCAUGAGAUCAGCUUCAACCACAGAUUAAUUUUUUGCAUUAUAAAGUUGUCUAUUAAUGAUCAUUGAUAUUCAUCAUCAUCGGUAUCAUUAUUAAUCAUCAAACUACCUUUACAAUUAUCAAAAACCCUUUUAUACUUGAACCUUACAUUAAACCUUAGCAUUCCGAUUAUUAGUAGAUGACUUUAUUUUUCCUCAAUCAACUUAUAAUUGAUGAAAAAUAGUAAACAUCUAAACAAUUAUUGGAUUGAGUUUUAUUCAAUUAAAUAAUUUUUUGACUAAUAACGAUAAUUGUGCAUUUAAAAAUCGAUGCCCAGUAAUGAGAUAGAUUAAAAGUAUCUAUAUUUAAACAAAUUGUAAAAAUAUAUAGUUGAACAAAAACAAUGCAAUUACAUGACAAUUAUUGGUGAUUCCAUGUCAUCAAAUUUUCAACAUUUUUCCUUUCCUCCUUUCUUCAUAUACAAUUGUAAUUGCCAAAAUAAUGACGUCUUAUCUGUGAUACUUGGACAAUCACCACUAAAUCACUUGAUUGUCUUGAUAAUUUAAAAAAACAAUCCUUCUUCGCAACUAAAGUGAUCAAAAUCAAGCUACAAGCUCAUCAUUAGCACAAACCAUACUGUGGGAAUACAAAGCAAUACCCAAACUGUUUGAUCAAUUGAUCAACUGUUUAUUUUUACCCACAUGUAUCAAUUUUUAUCCUUGUAACAGUUGGUUAGCAAUUUGAUGAUUGCUAUUGACAAAAAUGUACCUUUGUAUUGACGCUUUACAAACGGAUUAAAAUUUCCAUUAAACCUUAUUUAAAAGA